AUGUCGCCGCUCGCCCGCUCGCUGGUCGCGCUAGGCGCGCUGCUCGCCGCCGCCGACGCCGAAUGCAGAACAAAGAUGAUAGGUUAUGUAACGAAAACGGAUACCGGCUGGAACGUAUAUGAUGCUGCUCCUGGAGGAGAUGUCGUUUAUCUUCCUAAGACCUACUACAUAACAGAAACAGUGGGUGAGAAGAUAACCGUCUGCAAUAAAGAUCCCAACGCGCCGCCGCCGGUAAUAGAGGUGGCGACGCCGACGCAGUUCUCACAAGUGACCAUAGCGUGUUAUGAAGAUGAGUGUCCGCAGGGAUCAACGGUUAAUGUUACAAAGUAUAUUGAAGAUUAUUUUGUGAUCUGGCCAUAG